AUGGAUCAAAGAAUGAGAUCUGGAGGAUGUCUCCUCAACAUACCGUUCAACGUCAUGAAUACUACCAUGUUACUUUCUCUCUGUACGUCAGAUGGAGGAGUAAAAUCGUCGAGAGUUGACAUCAUAGACAGCCCCCAAGUGCCUUCUUUCACCUUCCACAGAUCUUUCUGCUUGAGAUGCUCUGUUGCCAAUGUCUCGGAGCACGAGAGUUUGCACCAGAUAAUCUGUGGACUUGACCAUCAUAUAAAUGUGAUAGACCAGGAGAUGGGGAGAAGAAGGAGAGGAGAGACUUCAGCGGGAGGAGAAGGAGGUUUAUAUAGCCCAGCAGGAAGCCAGCAAGUGAACGCUGAUAUCUCCAGAUUCCCAAGAUUCAACGUAAAAGGCACUCCGUUGAAUAUCAAGCUGUUCUCGUGCACUGAGAUGCGUGCACUGAGAUGCCAUUCAACGAUGCAGCUUGACCAAGCUGCACUUGCCCUAACUUUGGAGAUAGUGAGCGGCAUAUUAGAAUCAAAGCAUGGGAUAACAGGACCGAAUGAUUCUACUUUAGGAGACGAGCGGGUUAUACAUGAUGACGACCGUCAUAACAGAGGUCCUACAGAAAGACUUACUGAUCCAGUGGGUGACCAAGUAAAAGGCUUCAUAUUCUUCGAUACAUCGCUUGUUGUAUUUGAAGAUAUCGGUACCGAGGCAGGAGCAAGAAUGUCCAGAGAUUUCGAGUCGAAAUUCUGGGAUAAUACUAGAAAUGAAGCUCCGGACCUGACUUCGAGCAACUACAGUAUAGAAAAGGUGUCCCAUAAUGUUGCCAGCAUGGACGCAAUACCAGACUCCGGUAAAUAUUUCCAAGAUAAGGACAAACAUAAGCGAAUGACGAGAGCGAUGAGAUCGAUACCUCUUUACCUUACCUUAGCUACCUGCACCUCCCGCUGCAGUUCGUUGCAACCCACGGGAAAGGUCCAGGGUCUGACAGCAAGGUAA